AUCACCAACAGACGUUUAGCAAGUAGGUCUGCUCUUCGACUUUGCUUAUGUUUUCCUUCCUCUUCUGACACUCAUCAUAAUACAUACUCUUGAAGAUUUACACACUUUGUAACAUAAAAUCAAAAACCCUUUUCUUCUUGGGUUUUUAGCUUCAAAUUUUCGAAAUCCCAGAUCUUUCUUCCUCCUUAACACGCAACAAUUUACUCUACUCUUCCAAACCCAACUCAAAUUUCAUCAUUUUCUUCUUUUCCUACCAUGAUUUUCUUUGCCUUUUUCUGGGUUUCCUCUGCUCUUCUUAGAAAAAAACCCAAGAAAAUCUGAAAAAUUAAUCCUUUUUUCUUUGGUUUUUUCUUCAAGAACCCCAAGAACACCAUGAAAGAUAAGCAAGAGAAGGUCUUCAAUGUCAGAGCAGUUAAAGGGCAUGUCAGAGGUCAUCUUCUACACCUAAUUUCACCUAAGAAGUCAGAUAAUAUGCAAAAAAAUCAACUGGGUACUGAAGAUAAUGAGCAUAUGAGUGAUAAAUUGCGAGAAAUUCCCACAAAUUGCUUCUGGGUUUCUUCCAAAGCGAAGCAAAAGGAUCAAAGUUUCGUCUGCAAACAAUGUGAGAAAGGGUUUAAGUCUCCUAGAGCUGUCUUUGGGCAUAUGAGGUGUCAUUCCAAGAGAAAGACUGGGGAUCAUGUCCAGCUGUGUACGACGAAUAUGCCCAGAAAGAAGAGAUCAAUAGGGAGGUAUAAGAUUAAUACUAGUUGCUGUUCUACUAAUUCUUCUUGGUCUAAUAUGAAAUCUUGUUCUUCUUCUCUUACUGAAUUUGAUGAAAAGUUAGAAGAUAUUGCUGCUUCUUUGUUAAUGCUUGCUAAUGGUGGGUUUUAUUCUGUUGAUCAUUAUGUUUCUGAGGAUGAUUCUGUGAAAAUGGAACCUAGAUUUCUGAAAUGUGGGAAUAAAAUGGAUCUUAUGGGUGUUUGUAAUGAUGAUCAUGGGACUGAGGGUGUUCUAACUGCAGAACCAGGAUUAAAAUUUGAUGUUCAGAAAUGUGGGUAUGAUGAAUAUAAGGAGAAAACCCAAGAAUUUCCUGGUUCUGAUUGUGGACGGUUAAAGACUAAACCAGAAAAUUUUGAAUGUAAACCUGUUUCUGAUGCUGAGCUUGAGUCUGAAAUCAAGGAUGGAGCUAUUGGGGUUUUUCCAGCUGAUUUGUUCGAUAAUUUGGAUCCAAGUACUUGUGGUCCUACUGCUGAAGAACUGAAGAACAAGACUGUAAAUGUCUUUGAUCGAGUGUUUGAUAGCUCGAAACCCACAGCUGGUGCUUCAGCACUCAUGACUAAUCCAGAUUACAUCAAAACUGGACCUACUGUUAGUUUAGAGCGUACUUCUGAAUUGUUUGAAUCUGAAAUCAAGGAUGAAACUAGUGGGGUCUAUAAAGCAGAUACAAAGGUUAAUAGUUUGAAUCCAACAAAUUGUGAUCCUCUAGUUCUAGAGAGUAAACAUGAAAGAAUUGGGCUAACAGAUCAAGCGUUUGACAAAUGUAAUUCAGGAACUAGUGGACAAGCAACUGAUAAUUGUUGCUCAAAUCAGUGCCAGAAGUACAUCUGCAAUAUUUGCAACAAGAAUUUCUCGUCUCGUCAGGCAUUGGGAGGCCAUCGCUUGCAUUGUCCCCUAGAGAAGCGAUUCUGUCAUACACAAGGCAACAAGAAGACAUGGAAGCACAAAUGUUUGGUUUGUUGCAAAGCUUUUCCUUCAGGUCAAGCUUUGGGUGGGCAUAUGAGGGCUCAUUUUCAUGCCAAUGUUCAGUGCAAUAAGACAGAGUUUGUUGCUUGUGGCAAGGAAAUUUCAGCAGCUACUGAGGAAGAGAAAAAGGAGUUGAGUGAUGCUUAUGACGAUACAAUUCCAGCAGCUGCCAUUGAAGAAAGGAAGUUAGAGAAUGAGGCUUGCUCGAACAAAAUCCAACAGCUGUUCAAGGAAAAAGAAAUGACCAUUAUACCUCAGGGCAACAUACCCUUGUCUGUCUAAUUCUGAAGAUUGCUCUCUACCUACAUUGUUUUUGUAAAGAUACUCGUUAGCUGCUUACAUUCUGAUUGUUUACCUGGAACAUUUCGUUCCUACCUGAUUCUUACUUUCUCCAUUAGCCUUGUUGUUCAACUAGCGUUCAUUUUUUACCAAAUAGAUUGAGAGAUAUGUUGGGGGGAUUCUUCUCUUUUGUAGUGAAAUGUUGUUGUAACUUUGACAAGCAGCUCUAUAAUGUGGAUGUAUGAGCUACAUUUUUGGUGAAUUGUUUUCUGUUUCCUGUACAUACCGAAAUAGGUAAUGUUCUUUUUGAGUUAUUGCACUUGUUCCUGCAAUUGCUUCUUUUCUCUAUAUUAGUAUAGUGCAGAGUUUGCAAUUGCUUCUUUUCUCUACACUUCUACCAAUAGAAAACUUUGA